AUGUUCGUCGCAGCGGAGUGGGCAAGCUACGUCAAAACACGGAAAUCACUCCGCGUUACAUCGCCCACUGGCUUCCAACGCGACUCGUACUGGCUCAACGUACCCUUCCGCUACGCUGUUCCCAUGACCAUCAUGUCAGGUCUCUUCCACUGGCUCGCGUCACAAAGCAUAUUCAAAGUACAAAUCUCCAUCACAGACAUGCACACGCGCAAAGCCGCUAGCGAAGUCUCAACUUGUGGCUAUUCCCCUGUCGCUAUCAUCCUGACCACGGUCGUUGGUUUCACCAUCGCAGCUGGCGGUCUCGUCAUCAGCAGGUUCUGGUAUCCAGCUGGUAUACCUCUGGCUAGUAGCUGUUCUGCUGCUAUUAGCGCGGCGUGUCAUGCGCCGCCAGAAGAUGUGAGCGCCAGUCUUUUACCGGUACAGUGGGGUGCUGUUACACAUGGUAAAGUGGGCGAGGGUGGGGAGGAGCCGAUCGGCCAUUGCUGUUUUACGAGCUUCCCGGUUGAGAUGCCUAUUCCGGGGCGGUUGUACGCAUGA